AUGCCUGAUUUUAAGGAAUCGCCCUCGCAAGUGGAUAAUAAAGAUUUUCACAAGCCCAGAGCGGUUGGAUACGCCCAUUAUGAUUAUUACGAGGAUGAUAUUCUCUUAUAUUGUGAGGAUGACGAUCUCUCAGGCGGGGAAGGAGAUGAGGAGGAAAAGGUGAUAAAUGACAAGUUUCACAGUUCGCACAUCUGUCAGAUUGUUCCGGCAGACACUGAAGACGAACAGACUCAUGCUGUGUUUACGGAUGCCUUUAUACAGAAUCACAGAUUAGACCACGUUAGCCAAGUGAUGGGAUACCACCCCGACUAUCUCAGGAACUUUCAUACCACACAGAACUUCAUACUCCGAGAGGACGGCCCCUUACCCUACGAUUACAGGCAUUACAUUGCCAUCAUUGCAUCAGCUCGUCAUUAUUGUACAUAUCUGGUCAGACUUUACGAACAAGAAUUUUUACUACACAAUGGAAACCCAGAGUGGUUGAAAGGUAUUCAGUACGCCCCACGCAAAAUUCAGGACCUGUAUGAGAUCAACAAAAUCCUUGCCCACCGGCCGUGGCUCAUCACAAAAGAGCAUGUAGCUAAAUUGCUGAGGGGCUCUGAGCCAUGGUCAUUGUCAGAACUGAUGCAUGCCAUCAUUCUGCUUGCGCACUUCCAUUCCAUGUGUUCCUUCGUAUACGGCUGUGGCAUCACUGCUGAGGUGGACAUUGGUGGCUUCUCCUACAGGAGUGAAGACAAUACCACAGCCAGCGACUCCAGCAUUGAGGCCAUGGAUAUCAUCCAUAGUACUCGUUCAAAGGCAACGAAUGACGAGACCGGUGUUGGGUUGGAGGUGCUCAUGGAGCGCAUGAGGAAACUGACAGAAAGCUCUAUAGAUGACAAAAGUCCAGAGGAGCUGCUGAAGAGGUUCCAAUCUGUGAAACACCAGAGUGCUGAAAUCACAGUUCCAACAACAGCCAAGGUUUCAAAGACCCCAGAAAUCCUCCAUUAUGUGAUAGACCCAGACUUUACUUACAUCGACUUUGCCACUCGGGAGUCAGUCAACGAGGUGGCAACUUUCCGAGCACACGAUUACUCCUGGGAUGACCAUGGCUUCUCGUUAGCCAACCGCUUGUACACGGAUAUUGGGAAUAUGCUUGACGACAAAUACAACUUGGCUGCUAAUUUGACUUACUACACAAUGGGAGACAAUCAUGAGGUGGACACAUCUUCAUUCAGACGAGCCGUUUGGAAUUAUAUUCACUGCAUGUAUGGCAUAAGACACGAUGAUUAUGACUACUCAGAGGUGAAUCAACUUCUGGAGAGGAACUUGAAAGCUUACAUCAAAACUCUGACCUGCUACCCUGAACGGCUACAGAAGAAAGAUUAUGAUGAUGUGAUGAGGGAGUUUAAGCAUUCUGAAAAGGUGCACGUCAAUCUGAUGUUGAUGGAAGCCAGGCAGCAAGCAGAGCUUUUGUACGCCCUGCGAGCUUUGAAUCGCUACAUCACCUAG